AAAAUGCGUCUUUAUCCAAACUUCUUUGCAUUUUCGCAUUCAAAUUGCCUCAUGUAUCAGCACUUGAAGGUCCAUUCUUGACUGGGGCAUUCGUAUGUCGGCGGCGUGGGCUGUUGCUGAGGAGGAUGGCAUCAGAUUGUGAAAGGCCAUGUUCAGUUCAAGCGCAAAGAUAGUGAAGCCUAAUGGCGAAAAGCCAGAUGAAUUCGAGUCUGGCAUUUCCCAGGCGCUGUUGGAACUGGAGAUGAACUCUGACCUUAAAGCUCAAUUAAGGGAACUAAAUAUCACUGCUGCCAAGGAAAUUGAAGUUGGUGGUGGUAGAAAAGCAAUCAUCAUCUUUGUUCCAGUUCCUCAGCUGAAGUCUUUUCAAAAGAUCCAAGUGAGGUUGGUGCGGGAGCUUGAGAAGAAGUUCAGUGGAAAACAUGUAGUCUUCAUUGCUCAGAGAAGGAUUCUGCCCAAGCCAACAAGAAAAAGCCGCAUUAAAAAUAAGCAGAAGCGUCCUAGAAGUCGCACCCUUACUGCAGUCCAUGAUGCUAUUUUAGAAGACUUGGUCUUUCCAAGCGAGAUUGUGGGCAAAAGAAUCCGUGUGAAAUUAGAUGGCAGUCGACUAAUAAAAGUCCACCUGGACAAAGCACAACAGAACAAUGUUGAACACAAGGUAGUUGAAACAUUUUCUGGUGUCUACAAGAAACUCACAGGCAAAGAUGUUGUAUUUGAAUUCCCAGAGUUCCAGCUGUAAGGUGCAGAAUGACCUAAUAAAAACUGCUUAUUGUUAA